AUGGCGGCUCCCAGUGUGUUCUGCCCGGGGCUCUUCAGGCACAAAGUGGCGAUUGUUACCGGGGGAGGAACCGGCAUCGGCAAAUCUAUAGCGGCCGAGCUGCUGGAACUAGGUUGCAGUGUGGUCAUCGCCUCCCGUAACCUUGGACGUUUAAAAGAAGCCGUGAUAGAUCUCACAGCUAAAAUCUCCCCUUCAACUCCCUCUGUAGUGACACCAAUUCAGUGUAACAUCCGCAAAGAGGAAGAGGUAGAAUCCCUUGUAAAAUCUACGUUGGAUCUCUACGGGAGGAUUGAUUUCCUGGUAAACAAUGGCGGAGGUCAGUUCCCGAGUCCCAGCGAAGCAAUCAGUUCCAAAGGGUGGAAUGCGGUGAUAGAAACUAACCUCACAGGAACAUUUUAUUGCUGUAAAGCAGUGUAUAAUGCCUGGAUGAAGGAACACGGAGGAGCCAUUGUGAAUAUCGUAGCAGACAUGUGGAAGGGGUUUCCUGGCAUAGCCCAUUCUUCAGCAGCUCGAGCAGCUGUGGAUAACCUCACCAAGAGCCUAGAUAUCGAGUGGGCACACAAUGGUGUUCGGAUCAACUCCCUCGCCCCUGGAACAAUCUUUUCAAAGACUGCUGUUGAAAAUUACAAAGAUAUGGGUCCAAGUAUGUUUCGAAACCAUAUCCCAAAAAUACCUGCCAAGCGACUGGGUCUUCCUGAAGAGAUUUCACCCAUGGUGUGUUUCUUACUCUCUCCUGCUGCUUCCUACAUCACUGGAGAGACGGUAAAGGUGGAUGCCGGUCAGAGCUUGUACCAUUCCUCCUGGGAAGUGCCAGAUCACAACAGGUGGCCUGAAGCUCCAGAGGGAGAGAAUGCCAAAGCUUUGAAAAAGAUGUUAUCAGACAUCCCUCCACACAAACUGUGACACGUUGGAAUGCUAGAAUGACAGCCUGGCUGAAUCAGGAAACACAGAAUUAACAAGGCCUUCUUUAAUUAUGUAUUUGUAAUCAGAAUGUAUAUUGUUUGUGAAUGUUAUACAAUAUACCUGUUAUCAGUAUUUUAUAACACGAGAUGCAGCUUUUCAAAGAUUGUUAGACCGCAGCCUGUCCUGUCUCUGUUGGAGUCCCUGAAGGCUCUGUCCUUGGUCCCCCUUCUAUUUUCUCUUUAUACGGCCUCUCUUGGCAAACUAAUUACCUCUUUUGGAUUCCACUACCACCUGUACACUGAUAAUACCCAGAUAUAUCUCUCCUCACCGGACCUCUCUCCUGCCGUCCUGCAACGUCACUGCUUGCCUUUCUUCCAUCUCUGACUGAUAUCCUCCCACUUUCUGAAACUCAGUCUCUCUAAAACUGAGCUCCUUGUCUUUCCUCCUCCUGAUACUGAUACUCCUCCUGCCCUCUCCCUUCAAGUAAGUGAUAUCCACAUCAGUCCAUCCUUGCAAGCGCGCUGUCUUGGUGUCAUACUUAAUUCUGGUCUCACAUCCAGUAAUCCAGUAUGUUGCCAAAUCCUGUAGAUUUCACCUUAAAAAUAUAGCCAGCAUCCACCCCUUUCUUACACAAGAUGCUACCAAGGAGCUUGUCCAUGCUCCAGUAAUUUUCUGCAUGGAUUUAUGUAACCCUCUCCUGAUUGGUCUUCCCAAAAGCCAUACUGCUCUGCUACAGUCCGUAAUGAAUGCUGCCGCCAGACUGAUUUUCCUCUCUAAUCGGUCCUCUCACACCUUUCCCCUCUACCAGUCCUUACAUUGGCUUCCUGUAUCCUUUAGGAGUCAAUUCAAGGUACUAAUUCACACCUAUAAAGCACUGAACCAGGGCCGGUGCAAGGAUUUUUGCCGCCCUAGGCAAAAAAAAAAUUGCCGCCCCACCCCCCCAUAUGCUCUGCCAUAUGGGCCAACGCCAGUCUUCACAAAGUGUCUUUUAUCUGAAAAGACAGUGUGUUUACAUUAAAAAGCCUACAGGCACAGGCUAUAGACACCAGAACCACUACAUUAUGCUGUAGUGCUUCUGGUGACUAUAGUAUCCAUUUAAUGUGAGAUUAGUGCCACUAAUAAUAUAUUGGAUUGCCUACUUACCACCAGAUGAGGACAAGAGGCUGAUGAUGGGCUCAGUCUGGCUCCACAGGUCUGGUGUAGAAGUGGCUCUCUGGAGACAACAAUUAACGAACAGGAAGCAGCUCCAUUUUUAGGGCCCCUUACACAGCUCAAGGUCUGGUCCCCCAGGGCUUGACCGUGAGUAUGCCUACAAUGCCCACCCAUAAAUACCUACAUGGC